ACAUCACCGUCCCGUGAUGCCUUUCGGGAAAUAGCGCCGCCAUCUUGAGUGGCAUGGCCCAGCUAGACAGUGCGCCCUGAGCGGAGACAUGCAAUUUAUCGUGAAAACAUUGAACGCCUCAAGAACCACGGAUUCGUGUGAAACAUAGCAGAUUUUUGGUGCUUCGCACCUUUGUUAGGAUGGAUGCGGUUAAGGCAUUUAACGCGGAGCUAUCUGCUCUGUAUGAUGUCAAACCACCAAUUUCUAAGGCUAAAAUGAAUUCUUUAACCAGGGGUGCAAUUAAGGCAAUCAAAUUCUAUAAACAUGUUGUGCAAAGUGUUGAAAAAUUCAUUCAAAAGUGUAAACCAGAGUACAAAGUGCCUGGAUUGUACGUUAUAGAUUCAAUUGUACGUCAAUCCAGACAUCAGUUUGGAGUGGAAAAAGAUGUUUUUGCUCCACGCUUUGCCAAGAACAUGCAAACCACCUUCUUAAACCUUCUGAAAUGUCCUCAGGAGGAUAAAAGCAAAGUGAUAAGGGUUUUAAAUCUAUGGCAAAAAAAUGCAGUUUUUCCUUCUGAGGUUAUACAACCUCUGUUUGAUCUUGCGGACCCAAAUCAUCCAAUACAUAAGGAACAGGCAGUCAAUUCUAAUGGUACACUUAAUGUUCCUUCAACAAAUAAUGCCAGUAAUGCAGCAACUGCUGUGAAAACUCCUCCUUUAAAUGUAAAAAAUGCAGUGAAAGAUCAAAAACUAUUUUCUUCAGCAAAGCCAAUUGACCCUGCCUGGCUAGCACAAACAAAAAUGGAAACUGCAAAUAUAGUUAAUGCCAAUAAAAUUUUAGGGCAAUCAAAUUCAACUCAAGUGGAUGCUUCUCUCCUUGAUCAAUUACAACAUUUACAACAAUUAUUAUUGAAGAAACAGGAAUCAGCAAGUGAACAAAAAAGUUCUGUAAAAUUUGAUAAGAAACUUUUAGAUUUUGAUUAUGGUGAGGAAGAGGACGACGAUGUUCUUGUUGCCAACUCGCCAACAGCAACAACAACAUCUAAUACUGUUCAACAUAAUACAGUUUCUGCUGGGAAUAGUUUAGAAAGUCUUGGGCUUCUUUUAACAAAUCCGGAGGUUUUAAGGCAACUUCAAACAUUGCAACAAACAAUGCAAGGAGGUGCUUCUUCGUCACAACAUGAGAUGGAUGAAAAAAUGCGAAAAUUGCAACAAAUGAAGCAGCAAGAAGAGGAGUUUGAUAAACACCUAGCUCAAACUGUUCCUAAUUUACCAUUUGCAUCAGAAUGCGAAUUAAAACCUUCAGACAUUUUAAAACCAAAUCAACAAAAUGCAUAUAUAACAAAUGUAAGUAGCGGAGUUAUUCAAGACAUGAGUCAACCGCCUCCUGGUUAUCCACCGGCUCUACCGUAUGUCUCUCAACCUUUAUCAAAUAUUAGGCAGAUCAAUCAGCAAAUGCAUCAAAAUCAAAAAAGUCCACUUCUGGAUGAACGAGCAGAUGCACAAGAUUAUUCUGGAAAUGGUACAAGACGGGACAGUAGUAGCGUAGAAAUUGUAAAUUGCGAAAAUACGAGAUCACAAAGUAGAUCGCCUGAUCGGUACAGGCAUCAUAGUCGGUCUAGGUCACCUCGACAUAGAGACAGGGACAGAGAUAGGGAUCGAGAUCGAGAUCGGGACAGGGACAGAAAAUCUCGAUCAAGGAGUAGAUCCAGAAGAAGAAGAUCUCGUUCACGGGAUAGAGGACGUGACAGAAAACGCGAAGAUAGCCGAGAAAAAAUGACUGAAGAGGAACGGGAAAAAGAAAGGGAAAGACGUAAAAGGGGAUUACCUCCAAUCAUGAGAGAUAAAUUAAGCGUUUGUAGUACUACACUUUGGGUAGGGCAUUUGUCUAAAUUGGUGCAUCAAGAAGAACUUUCGGAUACUUUUGGAGAAUUUGGCGAUAUUGUCAGUAUAGAUCUGAUUUCACCUAGAGGUUGUGCAUUCAUAUGCAUGAAUAGGAGACAAGAUGCAUACAGAGCUCUUACCAAGCUUAAAAAUCAUAAAAUGCAAGGAAAAGCAAUUACUUUAGCCUGGGCACCAGGCAAAGGAGUGAAAGGAAAAGAAUGGAAAGAUUAUUGGGAAGUUGAAUUAGGAGUUAGUUAUAUUCCUUGGAAUAAAUUACUUAAUGUCACUGAUCAAGAUUUAGAAUUACUUGAAGAAGGAGGUAUGAUUGAUGAGGAUACACUACCACCUAAUUUAAAAGGUAAAUUAAAGCAUUCCGGGACAAAUGCAGACGUGCUUCAGCAACAGUUGCAGUUACAGCAACAAGCUUUAGUUGCAGCUGCUACAAUUCCAAGUCUGGCAGAUGGUAUUGUGAACGUAAUGCAACCUUCAACUAGUUCACAACAGCAACAAUCUCAACAACAAAAUCAACAGCAAGGUCAACAGCAGCAACAAGUUAUUGACACAAGUCAACCGCCUCCAAUUAGACCUCCUACAUCGGCUGCACUUUUACCACCGCCAAAUACACAAUUACAGAUGAUGCCACCUGCUUUUACGAUGCCAGGAGUUCCUCGUAUGCUUGGACCAAUGGGAUUACCAAUGGCACACAGUUUAAUGCCCAAUGUUCCAAUUGGUGUGCCGCCCCCAAAUAUGCAGAGUUUACUAGGUCCACCAGGAAUGAUGCAAACAAUGUUAACACCGCCAGUUAAUUCUCCAUUUGGUGCUGGUGUUGGUGUUGGGUUAUUAACACAAAUUCCUUUACCGGCACCAGCAGCGCCUUCCGAUAAACCUAAUUCUACUGGUAUGCCACACAAUGUUCCUCCAAUAGGAGUUCCACCACCGACGACGGAAACAGGAAUGCCAAAUUUACCAAUGUUACGUCAACCUUAUGGUGUAGGACCUUCUGCUUCUUUACAAAUGCAACUACCUCAGCAACAACAUUCUGCAGAUGAUAUGGAUGUAGAAAUGGAGGAUGCAAUGCCCCAAACAUCAAGUGGAACUAAAAAGAACAAUUUAACCGAUCAACAGUUAUCACAAAAUGAAGAGAGAACAGAGUCUGAUCAACUAGAGCAUCGGGAUUACAAAGAAAGAGAAAGAGAACGUGAAAAUAGGGAAAGAAGAGAUAGGGAAACACAUUUAUCCCAUAGAGAUAGAGAAAAUGAUUCUAGAAUGGAUCGUGGAAGGGAAAGAGGCAGGGGAAGAGAUCGAGGACGUGAUCGUAGAAGAGACCUUAGAGACAGAGAUAGAGAUGAUAGAAGAGAAAGAGAAAAUAGAGAAAAUCGAGAAGGAAAUUCACAGCCUCAAAAUAUUCAAGAAAACGAAUCUACUCCAAAAAAAGAUGGUAAACCAAGCUUAGCUGACCGUUUGCGUCAAUUGGCUGAUGGUACUCUUCCUCUUGAGGAUCGGGUCGAUCGGAUGGGUCCUCGUAGUCGACAAGAUCGGGACAGACCUGAUAGAAAUUUCGAGGAUUCUCGAUCGGGACGCGGUGAACCUCUUUCCUCUUUGAUGGAUUUGCCGAAAUUUGGUUUACCUCAGGAAAGGGCUGAUUUUUCUGCUCGACCUACAGAUUUUCGUAAUCCUCAAGAUCCAAGAGAAUUUCAACAACAAAGAGAUAGACCGAAUUUUGGUAGGGGUCACCGAGGAUCACAGAUUCAUGAAGAAUAUAUGGAUGUCCCAAGGUUGCAAGGAGGAAUAUAUCAAGAAGAAUUUGAUAAUAGGUUACAUGGGCAACAGAGAGAAGAUUUUGGUAGACUUGGACUACCCAGAGAACAGAGGGAGGAAUUCGAUAGGUCUGAAAUACGAGGAAGAAGACCACUCGAUGAUCGGGACCGUUUCGACUUCGACAUCAGACGGGACGGUUUUGAUCCACGGUUACAAGAAGGUUUCGAUCCAAGAGGACAUCUUGAUCGGAGUGAUUUUGAGCCUAGGAGACGAGAAUUCUUUGGAAUUGACCCUAUGUUUGCAAUGCCACCUAUAAUGGGACCUAGAGGUCCAAGACCCGGACAUCCUGAUGGAUUUGGACCACGUCCAGCUCCUUUAGGGGCUCGUGGUCCAGGUCCAUUAAUGUUUCAUCCACGAGGCUUAGGACCUCGUCCUCUUCGACCGGGCAUGAGACCUUUCGGCCCUCGUGGACCGCCUUUUGAUCCUCGAGAACCAGAUGCCUUUUUCAGACCUCCUUUCGAUGACAUUCGUCCUCAUAUCAGACCACCAUUUGGCCCCAUGGGUCCACCAUCUAUUGUUCCUCCAGAAUCUGCCGCUCCUUGGAGAAAUCAAGAACCACCUUCAACUUGGUCUUCUGAUUCUGAGAAUCACUCACAAAGAGAUAAUAGAGAUAAGAAAGGUGGUAAACAUUUGAAUAACCAGAAUGCGGAAAGAGAAAAUCGAAACCGAGGUCGUAAAUCUAGAUGGACCAAUGUCAGUCCAUCUGGAGAAGAAGUAGAGGAAACGAAAGAACAAGAAUCAACUACUGCGAACGUUGCAGAGAAAGAAGAACCUGCAAAAGAAGAAGUAGUUAUGAAAGAAGAGGUUACAAAAGAAGAAGUUAUGGAGGAAGAAGUAAAAGAUGUUAAAACAGAGGAGGUGAAUCCUCCUGCUGAAAGCCAGCAGCAACAAGAUUCGGAAGAAACAGUUGAGGAAAAAAAAGAAAGCGAUGAGAUAAAGAAAGAAGAAGAGGAUCGCAGGGAUUCUUAGACCAAAGUAAAGAGCAAUUUUUUUUCUUGAAAAUUUUUUCUUACUCUGUGGAGUGGUGUGAGGGAGAAUUCGUUACUUCAAGUUGAGUUGGGUCAAUUCAGAAAAAAGCUCUUUUAGAAAAUGAAACACUGAAUUUUAGAAUAAUUAUGUUAAAUCGAUAAUUUUAAUUGCUAAAAUGGUGCUCAAAUGAUUUAAAGUAAAAUUUCUGUAAUAUUGUCAAAGUUAAUUUAACUUAUUACAAAUAGAUUUUAAAAUUUAAAUAUAGCUAAAAGAUUGUAGUAAAUGAGCAUUAAUAAUUAAAGACUACUUUUCAAAAAGUCUUAAUAUAUAAAAAACAGUUUUUAUUAAUCAUACGAUUAAGUGAAGUUUGACAUCAAAUAAAAGUAUACCUUUUAUAUUGUUUAGAAGACAAAUAUAAAUAUAAGGAAACGAUUUCUUGAAUUCGGUGUUUCAAAUUGAUAAAAAACAAAACUAUUGGUUUUGUAAGCGGCUUUUAAUGCGUAUAGCGCUGACUUUGUGAAUACAAAACCCGUGACCCGUGGACACUCCGAGUGACGACUUAUUUAUUGAAUUGUAAAUACUUUUUGUAUUUUCGUAGUGAACAGACAUACAAUAUAUCUGGUUUAAAUAUAUACAUUUGAUUACUUUUUAAAUUAUUGAAGGUACAAGAAAAUUAUGUAACUUACAAUUGAAAGUUUGUAUAUUUGUAAAUUUGAAAUUUUUAAUUUUCUCUGUACUCUACUAGUGCUCGUGAAAGUUCAAGUAAGACUUCACUAUAGUCUGCUAUUUAAACUAAAACAUUUGCUAUCAUAAAUAAAAAUUUAGCUUCCACAUUUUCUUUUCUUGUAUCUUCAACUUCCAGAAUAAGAAUUAAAUGUAUAUAUAUACAUAAAACCAUGAUAAUGUAUAGAUAGAUGAAUCUUAACAGUAGAAUCUUGAUUAACCAUGUAUGUAAGAAAGUUUCAAGUAUUUUCACGUGGAUAUUUUCAUUGAUUGAAUUUUUAUUCCGCACAGUUGUGUACAUGUUACGCUUAAAUACAUUGAGGUUGAAGUUUUUAUAUGAAAUAAAAAGCAAUUUAAUGAUCAUAUUGGUUUAUAUAUAUUGUAUAUGCUUUAUUGUAUAGAUAUUCAAUUCUCGAUAAUACAUUGAUAUAUGUUAGCUAAUUUUUCUUUAUUAUAAAAGAAAUUAUUAACGAUGUUGAAAAUUGUUAUACAAAUUUAUAAACAAACAUCUGAUCAAUAGAAAAUGUCAACUACUAAAAUACUUAAACGUUACUUCGGAUAAGCAAGAUUCUAUCGCCAUAAAUAUUUAAAUAGAUAGAGAGAGAGAUUAUAUACAUAGAUAUAUGUAUAUAUAUGUAUGUAUGUAUGUAUGAGAAAGAGGAUGCGUAUAUGUGUGUGUGCAUGUGCAAGUGUGAAAAUGAGUAUGUAUGAGGAAGCGCGGAAGUAAAAUAAAGAGCGAAAAUAUAUAUAGCGCCGAUGUUCGGCGUGGCUCAAUCAAACGAACGAAAAAUAAAUAUUUUCUAUAUAAUGUC